CUAAUCAAUGAGUUUGCAGUGUGUGCCUCUAAUAUUACUACUGUCUGUUGUUAUUUAUGACUACGUAAAAGGUUCUUUUGUAUGAAUUGAAGACGACAGUCUUUCUAAUACUUCUGAUUCUGUUGUACGUAUCUGAGAAGGACUUAAUGGUGUGUGUGUGUGUGUGUGUAGGUGUGUGAUGCAUACUGUACAUAUGGAGUGUGUUUGUUGAGAAACAAAAUUCAAUCACAACUUUUCCACUGUUGUUGCAUCUGCUAUCAUUUGCUGCAGACUUAAUGUCUGUCUUCUUUAACUGUAAUAAUUGUCAUCCAGUCCAAUUGGUGGCCUUACAAAAAUACUUUUUAAAAGAAUUAGCAUUUAGCGUCAAUACCAUGCAAAAGUUAAAGCUGAAGUGUUGAGAGGAGGAAUAGUUUUCCUUGUCCCUCCAACCACCUGUUUUGAAUUUUUUAUGGGCUCUGGCCCCUUCAAGGUGUAUGUAAAUGACUUCAAGGGUGAGCCAGGUCACUGGAGCAUUUCUCAAAGCUGCUGAAUGUACCCUGUGCCUGGACGAAGGCCAGCUGUGUUUGUGUGGCUCUGUUUGGUUGAAGACCAAAGGGCGCGACAGGGGUGCCGUGGUGCUGGGUCUCGACCGGCCGUGAUUUAUUUAAUCCUUUUACAAUAAGGGGGGCCUGUAAACCCAGCUAUUGAGCUCUGCGCUUUGUCCUGCAACAGUAAGAAUCUCUGUCUCCUUCUCCUUGGUGACUAAAAGAGCACAUUCCAGCAGGGAGCCACACAGUCCUGGAAAAUAUAUUCUUGCUCUGCACAGAUCUCACCACUAACCUUUGCUGCUUCCCAAAAACCAUGGAAAUUGUUAAUAUGCUGCUGCGUUACCGUUUAAAAGCGACCACAGUGUAUCCAUCUACAGUUCGUUCUUCUUUUUGUCUGAGGAGGUGAGUCUACGGUGUGAAAAUACUAUGCUUUUGUCAAUAUUGUUAGGAACAUUAUGGACUGCUGAGACUUAAAUAAAAAUGUCACCUUCCCCUCUUCAGAGAGCUGUGUUAACUAAACAGUCACUGAUCCAGAUGUCAACCCCCGCCCUCCCCACCCUCCUCCCCCUUCACCUCCUCAGCCAUCAUAAUGUCUGGAGUCCAGAGAUUUGGGCAGCUGUGAGCACAUAUGAGCCAAGACAGCUGCAUAUGUGAAGCUAAGCGCAAAGGAAGUGGGGAGAGAAUGUGUGAGACAGAGUGAGAUUUGUCCUGUUGUUUCUGAGGAUCUCUAGUCAUUUCCUGGUGCUGAGAAACUAUGCAGUGUCCCCAGUGGAACAUGCUGCUCUGAAGCCUCAAUAAAAGACUGUUGUUGUCCAUCUGUGGAUCUCACUGUUGAUGGAGCUUGUUUUUAUCAACCUGCUGGCAACCACCACAAACCUGUUUACUGGUCAAUUUUAAGCUAAUUUGUGUGUGAUUGUGAUGAAUCACUUUAAUAAUUGAUCUGUUUUUUAACUAAACUAGUUGACAUGUUAAUGUAAAUGCUGAAUUAAAGCCAGCAACAAUGUUCCAGGAAAUUGACACUUAUCAUUAAAUUCAUUCAAAGCAGUAGGAUCGCCUCUCACUUCUAAUGCUCUCAGGUUAUCUGACACCAAGGCAGGAGCAUCACAAUUGCCUGACUGUACUGGCAAAUAUUGGCACAUUUACUCAGAAACAUUUCACAGAACAAAUGUGAGUCAGACUCAGCUGACUGGGUUUCACCGGUGUGGGUUUUUGUGUAGAUACUGAGGUGAAACAUAAUAAAUUGGACAGAAAAAUGUAACGAUUCCCACCACUAAUAUUAAAAAGUGAUACUGUUUAAACUUGAGCAGCGUUUACGCAAAAGGAACAUUAGCAAAGAAAUUGUUUGUCAUUUAUGAUUAUGUGUGGCAGUACUGUGUGCUUCUGCUGACACAUUUAAAUUACAUUUUCUAGUUAUGCACUAGCAGUUUCAUGCGGAUGUGACAGAAUUUACACCACCUUGCACAGUUUUUGGAAAGUGAGAGGAAAGAAGCAGCUUUGGAGUGUAGCUCCUGUGGAUACGUGGUGAUAGUUUUGCUCCUAAAAACAUCAUCCAAGAAGUACAGAUAAACUUUGGAAUUUACAUUCCAACAAAGAGCAACCUUUGCCUUUGCCUUUGAGGGUCCAAAAGUCACAUUUCCCUCUGAAAUGUAGGGGAUUAGAAGAAUAUAAUGUGAUGAAAAGUGCAAAUACACAGCAAGAGUAUGGUCACGCUGUACUCACGUAGUAAACAUUACGAAUGUUCUACAGUCCAAGGAGAGGUUCUUGUGCAAUUUUUAAAGGCAAAUCACAUGCUAUCGAAGCGGCUGAUGAAAGUCUUGUGAUUUUGAAUCAGCAUCAAAUUACUGUGUCUUUCUUUCUGGCUCAACAAGUGUGCACUGGGACAGGGCCAGUAAAACUAUUAUUCAGGUAAUUCUGUCAGGUUGGCCUCCAGAGAGGAGAGCUGACUAAUUCAAUGAUCAGCUAUUCAACAUGUCAUAUGCUGUCUGUUAGGAGAAAGUGUCUGUCUCUGCAGGACACUUUGGCAUUUGGCUGCUUUACUCCGGUGUCUUAUUCUCUUCUAGUAUUAUAGCUGGAUUUAUUUUUUUUUUGUUACUUUUGUCUACUUUUAUUUAACUGUGUAUAUGGUGUUUAAAAUCAGCUUCAUGUUGUAUUGGAAUGUAUACUGAUGUUAUCCGAAUAGAUGAAACACAGGUAUUACACAAGUACUACUUCAGUACAGUUCUGGUUUCCAAAAACAGAAUUUAAAUAGCAGGUGUGUUCAUUAUCUCCUCUGCUUCAAGCUUCAUAAGGUGUAAACACAAGAGCAGUUGUCCUAUACCAUGAUGUUUUGAUGAUCAGUGUGACCAGACAGUCUGUCAUAGACAUCUAUAUGCUUUUGACUAACUGGUGUUGCCCUUGCAUUCUUGUCCAUGAAUAUUCAUUAUGAGCAUUUAAACUGGAGUGUCUAAUUUAGUGGACAGUUUGUGUACGUUCUGUCACAUGUGUAGUCUGCAAUUCCGUCUGUGACCAGUAGCUUAUUUGACCAAAGCCAUAAAGGUCGUCAGGAGAAAUAUGUUGUCCGUCUUCCUUAUAGAUUUGUGAUGAUAGAAAACAGGCUUCGUCAGUGCCCGGUGUUGAUAUUUCCUGAAGAACGUGAAGGCAGCACAAGGCUGGUAGUACAGCACGAACAGCAGUGUGGGCUGAAGUCAUAGUGUGUACGGAGGAGUCAUUCCACUCCGCACCUCCUGUCACUCCUAACGUUAUUCUCUUACAGCGUGUGUGUGUGUUUAGAGACAACUCAGCGGUUUACACAGGUGAACUUUCACCGUCAUUGUUACAGGUGAGCGCUGAGCCAAACGCAGACUGAAGGUUAGCGCCACAUUGUACUUCGGACUUUUUUCUCUUUUUUUAAAUGCUUUUAUAAAGACUGAACACAGUCCAGCGAUUAUGGAUCCAAGGAAAAGGGUUGAACUGAGCGGAGAUGAGAGCAUCGUAAAAAUCCUGCACAGCUGCGGUCACGCCUCCUGAUGCAUGUGUAUUUAAGGAACAUUGACAGGCACAGCAGUCGUAUCAAAUGUCUGAGGCUGAUUGGCUCUGCGGUGUCAUCACUGGGCUUUAGUGUUGCUAUGAAGUUGGAAUUUUCCUCUGGCCUGCCUGCUUUGAAGGGCUCCUCGCUAACUGGAUGGAAUGGGGCGGUCGGCCUGGGGUUGGAGUGGGGAAACAGAGCAUGAUGUUUGCCAUUACGUCUGUAAUUGUUGCUGCUGUAAUGCUUGGCCCCCUGCUUGUCAGACUCCAGCCUCUUCUGGGGCUCUCCUAGGGAAAAGACUUGUCAUGUGACUUCAGGGCAGCAGCUGAAACCAGUUCAUCUGGCUAUCACCAUUCUUUUCUGUGCUCAGCCUUUUCUGGCUCAGACUGAUCUGUUAUAGCAGUUACUAGGCAUAACUGUCAUAACACUUGGCAGGUUUGUCCCUUAGCUGUAAAUAUAUCAACCUGCAUCAUCUUUGUGUACUGUAUGACCUGGGGGAAUGUUUGCAUGUGUGUAUCUGGAAGCUGUGAGUGUUGCCCUGGACAGAGAGAGUCUAAAGAAAGACCUGAUCAACUUUUUGAGUCGUGGACAUAUUGAUAACUAGAUGUCAGAAAACUUCAUUAACUGCUGUAGAUAAUAGUUUGAGGGCAACUUUUUCAAGUCUUUCUACUUUGUGAAAGAGCAUAACUGACUCACUGUACCCUGCGGCUCUAAAUCUUGUAAUUAGUCUUGGAGAAAGCAGUCAGUCCUAUCAGUCCUGCUCUUCUUAAAUUAUAUGCCUCUUACCCAGCAGGAUUUUAGCAGUAAGCGUGUCAGUGGCUUCGCUGCUGAGUACGCUUGAAUGGCUGACCCUCCGGCUCUCAUCCAUACAUAUCUCUAAUGGGGGUCUCUGCUCUGGCUCUGGAGAGUCAGUCACUACACUCUCACUGCACAUCUUUUCCUACAUGAUACUGAAGGGGCCUUUCUUCUGCAAGUAAACAAAGCUGUCCUAGCCGUUUUGUCUCCGGUUACAGCAGCAGAGAAAGAAUGCCUCCCAGAGGGCUGAGCUGUAUGUCCACUCUCCCCCUGAAAUGAAACACUGGCUGUUGUUUACAGACGCUGGCUCAGAGGCAAACUCUUGGUUCUCCAUUGAUUCAGCUGCUCUAUGAAAAGAGUGAUAAGGAGUCAAAUUUAAAAGUUUUCUUUGUUUUGAGAAACCAGUGUUUUUAAGUGUCACCUGAGCAUUGUACUGUUAAUUGGUGGUGAACUAGUUGGUUGACAUGAUGAGUGAAGUUCUAGAAACUGCAUUUUCUUAAUAAUAAAUUGUGUUUUGACCAUUUAAAUGUAAGUCAAUGUGGAACACUAGAUAAUGCUUCCCAGGUGAAACACAUUAAAGGAUGAAAACCACAUGAGAAAUUGUGAAACAGUCUUACAUACGUUGGUCUGCUAACAACACUUUUUUUAUGUUUCAGUAACAAUCAAUCCCAGUCAACUCGAUCUGUUGUUGUACCAUCUGCGUUCCAUUUUUAAAGAUGAUACAAUAAACUAUAAUCAAAUCUGUGGAAAUGAUGACUCGCUCUGCAGCAAACAUAAUAAGAGGUGACCCAUCUCAAGCUCACCGUGUUUGGUGACAUUUUAUGAUUAUCUCAAUUUAUAUAAAAAUUAAAAAAAUAUCAUUGGAUAGAACCAGAUAUAUGCAUCCCAAGUCUUUAUAUCUAAACAUAUUCCAUGUGCUUAAGAAAACAGAUUGAGUGUGUGAAUUGGAAGAUGUAGUUUUUAGGUGUAGUCUUUGUAGUCUAUGUUUGUUAGAGCGUCCAGCUGCAUUGUAGUUGUAAGUGCUGAUAUUUGUCAGUAUAAGAAUCAGAGCUGGUACUUAUAUGGAAGAGCAACUGUACCUGUCCAGUACAUGUCUGGUUUGAGAAUAUGUCCACUGGAGACAUGUGACACAAACAUUGGUGGUAGAUCUUAACUUUGACCUCUGGUCGAGGUCAAAUUCACUCACUCAACAGUGAUGUUGAACUUUGGGAAAAUUUGAUGUUUAGACCUCUGGCUUCAGGUUAAAAUUUUCAUCCAAAACCCUUGUUUGGCUGCAUAUUACUAAACAGUCUCACAAUUUGUUAACUAUGUAUUUAUAAAAGCCUGAUUUGUUUUAUUCAGUUUUGUAGAAACAAAAACAUACUUUGACAUUUAGUUUAAAAAUGUGAUUAUGUUCUUUCUUAGAGUGAAAAUCCACUUUUUAUUUAGUUAAAAUUGUACAUCUUAGUUGUAAAGUGGUAGCCCUUUGUUCUUUUCAUAAACCAAUAUAUCCAAAUUUAGAUUAAAACCAUGAAAUAAAUAAUGACAUAUGCCUGGUAAAAAUAAACAUUUUAUUUUAUUACAGUCUAAAAACAUGCAAAUUUGAGAUACGGUUAAUUGUAUAGUUAGGAGUGUGAGAGCGAAUGGUACUUUUUACUACUUUUGCAAAUACUUUUGCAUACUGUUUGUGCUUGUCUAUUGUAUGGCAAGUGUGCAUGCCAGACUUUCAGAAUUGUGCAGAUUUCUGUCAAAUUCUAUAAAAGCACAUAUAGACUAUGUGAAGGUAGGCAGGUGGGUAACGGCAGGUGCUACAAAAACCCAGCAGCUGUAUUUUCUGCUGCUUAUCUUAAAGAUAUUGGGCUUUUCUACAAACAUGAUAAAGGUGUUCAAUAAACCAUUAACGGACUGUAGCUUCAAGACUGUGAAUUACUUGUUCAGUGGGUUUUGUUUACUGAUUUGAUAUUCAACUGACUGAGAAAACUCACAUUAUUGAUGCCAUUUUCAAAUGAUUGACAAGAAAAGAACGGGUGUGUGGUGUAAGCAGAUUAUGACCCUUUCCCAGGGAAAGUUGUUGUUGAUGCAGUUUUUUUUUAAGUAGGACUGGUUUCUUUUUCUUCUUCUGUUUUGAAGAGGUGCUGAGGAUGCUAAUAUUGGAUGUGGUUGGAUUCUUUGUAGUUGCCCUGGAGGUGGUAUUUAAGAAUUAAGCUUUCGCUUCAGCGAAACUCGACACGCAUAAAAGAAGGGGCUGCAUUAGAAUGAAGCCGAAAAGCACAACAGAACAAUGCAGAGCACCUUGUAUGCGGUUUCACUCUAAUGCAUGGAUAGAGUUAGUGAAAGCUGAUCCCUUACUCGCUGUAGUGUAGUAAACUUGUGUAAAAUGUCUCCCUGUUUCUCCCUUUUACCCCACAGUGUCUAAGAAGCACGGGAAACUGAUUACAUUCUUGCGUUCCUUCAUGAAGUCCAGGCCUACCAAGCAGAAACUAAAGCAAAGGGGCAUCCUCCGGGAGAGGGUGUUCGGCUGUGACCUGGGAGAACACCUGCUCAACUCUGGUCAUGAUGUACCACAGGUCCUCAAGAGCUGCACGGAGUUCAUUGAGAAACACGGUGUGGUGGACGGCAUUUACCGUCUCUCUGGAAUUGCUUCAAAUAUCCAGAAACUGCGACAUGAGUUUGACUCUGAGCAGAUCCCUGACCUGACCAAAGAUGUUUACAUCCAGGAUAUCCACUGUGUGGGCUCGCUGUGUAAGCUCUACUUUAGAGAGCUGCCCAACCCCCUGCUCACCUACCAGCUCUAUGAGAAGUUCUCUGAGGCUGUAUCAGCAGCCACAGAUGAAGAGCGGCUCAUUAAAAUUCAUGAUGUCAUCCAGCAGCUUCCGCCCCCGCAUUACAGAACUCUGGAGUUUCUCAUGAGGCACCUUUCCAGACUGGCAGCCUUCAGCUACAUCACCAACAUGCACAGCAAGAACCUGGCCAUCGUCUGGGCCCCUAAUCUGCUGCGAUCAAAACAGAUCGAAUCAGCUUGCUUUAGCGGCACAGCUGCCUUCAUGGAAGUAAGGAUCCAGUCAGUGGUGGUGGAGUUCAUCCUCAACCAUGUGGAUGUUCUCUUCAGCACUAAGCUCAGCUCAUUAAUACGAGAGGGAGCAGGCCUGAACUCACUGUCUCGGCCCAAGUCACUGCUGGUUUCAUCUCCCUCCACUAAACUUCUGAGUCUGGAGGAAGCCCAGGCCAGGACUCAGGCUCAGAUCAACUCUCCCGUCACUGAGGACAGCAAGUACAUCGAGGUGGGAGAAGGUCCAGCUGCCCUGCAGGGAAAGUUCCACACCGUUAUCGAGUUUCCCACCGAGAGGAAAAGGCCACCUAUUAAAUCUAAGAAGUCUCCUGUGGGGAGUUGGCGUUCUUUUUUCAACCUAGGCAAAUCGUCCUCCAUGUCAAAGCGCAAGCUUCAUAGAAAUCCCAGUGAGCCGAAUGAACUGAAAGCUAUGGCCCUCGCAGGAGGCAGAGGAGAAACUGCAACAUUAAGAUCAGCCAAAAGUGAAGAGUCAUUGAGUUCCUUGCAUAAUGUUGAAGGGGAAGCUAAAGUGUAUCGUCCUCGGAGGCCACGCUCCAGCAGCGAUGCCCUGUCAGCCUCCUUUAACGGUGAGCUGCUAGACAGCCGACAGCACUGCAACUCCUACGACAACCUUGACGCCACAGAGGAAAGUGAUGGAGAUGAUGGGCCCAUCUGCGUGCCUGCUCUAAUCUCACCUCCUCGCUCAGCAGGUGAAGACGUGGACCUCAGCCCACCGGACAUUGGCAUGGCCUCUUUGGACUUCGACCCAAUGUCUUUCCAGUGCAGUCUCCCAGACACGUCUUACGCCUUCCCCGUGGAUGACUCGAUAAGCGGUGCUGAGGCCUCCACAUUAAAAAGGAGCCCUGGCAGCAUCUGUGGUAAAACCAAUGGCCCUGGUGUCUCCACUUCCUUUUUGGGCUGCUUGACCUCCCCAGUAUUGUCCACAACCUUCAUUUCAGCUGCUGGAGAAAACAUGGAAAACAAAAAACUUCCAACAUCCCAUUCAUACAGUGACAAACCUACACAGGCUGUGUCACCCAUUAAAUGCAGUAAAGCCAUCAGUAUGACACCUUUUCCUACUUCAGAGCUUUUCACUACAGAAAUGCCUGACAAAAGUAAAGGUGGACAGGCUGUUGCUGCACCAUCGUUAGCUCCACCUGCAAUUCCAAAGGACUCUUCUAACCCAACGGGCAGCGUGCUGCUCAGGCCAAAGGAGCGGCCACUUAGUGAAGCAUUCCAAAUGGAGCUACAGUCUAAGCUGACGGCCUUUGAAAGUACAGAGAGUCAAGAAAGGACAGUAGAGGAGAGUGUCCAGCAGACACCAGCUGCCAGCCACCAAGAUCUUCAAGGAGUUGUAGCUGCGGACACUUCAAAGGACCCCACCCCUUAUUCUCUCAGCGCCACAGCCCCAACCUCUGCCCCUCCUCCUCCCGCUCCUCCUCCUAAAAAUGCUGCCCGCAUGUUGGCCCUGGCCCUUGCUGAGUCUGCCCAGCAGGUCUGCCUCCAGUCUCAGUCACGGUCCUCCGAGCCCUCGACACCGAACCUCCAGUCACAGGAUACCUCUGAAGACUUAACACCUGCACUUGCACCACAAGUCACGGCUUCCUGUGAGGAGAGAGCUGAACAAACGUGUCCUCCUCUACCACAGCCACCACCAACUACUGCCACGGCUGUCAUCAUGGCAUCAUCCAUUCAGCUCCAUCAAGUUCAUCUCACCUCAACAUCUAAUCCUACAACCAAGCAGCAGCAGCAGCCAGUAGAGGUCACAGGCACGGUCACCAAAACUAUGGAAAGUGCUACAUCUUUGAGAAGUCCGCCUGAAACACAUCCACCAAUAGAGUUCCCCUCACAUGACACCCCUCUGUUAAAGUGUCCCCCACUUCCCACUACAAUCAACCCAACCUCUCCAACAAGGACAAGUCCAGAAAGGCUGCAGAUCCUCACAGGGCCGGUCCAUACCAGCUCCACCCCAGCCCCGAUCCAAAGUGGCAGCGGUAAAGUCAUACCACAGCCUGGUUCUGAGGUCAAAUCAGACAACAAAGCAUCACAAAGCAUCACAAAACCUUUAGAACAGCCACCUCCUAUAGCCCAAAAGCCCAAAAAUCUGGCUAUCCCACCUCCCCAGACUCAAACACAGACGCAGCUUCAGCCCCACCUGCCAACGCCACCACAACCUCAGACACCUACUAAUCUGCAGAUUCAAACACAAGCCCUCCCUAAACCACCAACACUGUCCAAGGCAAGUGCACGUGUAGCCCCCACCUCUGCUGAGCCUCUGGAGAAACCUAGAGAGGCAAUUAAACCAGUACAGCCCUGUACAGAGUCCUCAAAGUACCACGACUCGUACACCCCUAAACCCCCAGCUCCUCCUGUCCGGACCAUCGAGAGUAAACGAGCCACUGCAGCCCUCAGCCAAACUGAAGCAGCCUAUCACGCUGUGGAUGAAGGCCUUGCACCUGGCCAUAUAGAAGACGCCCUGCCUCAGCGUCCUCUUUCUCCUCCUCAUAAGUCUUCCAUGCACCAGCAGGCCUACCUGUACCAUCCUAAAGGAGAGCCUGUUUUAGUUGAAUCUCCAGGAGCUCCUUACUACCACCAGAGGCCGGUUACUCUUGGCCCACCACCGAUGACACACCACUACAGGCCAGACGACGUGCCUCCAUAUCUUUCCUACGUGUCCAAGUCUGAGCCCCAGAUUCCUUAUAGUGCAAGAAUGGACAACAGAUACAGCACAUUAGGCCCAAGAUCCUAUCACCACUCCAUGAAGUCCAGAGGAAACUCCCGUGGCAUGUUUGUGUCAGCAGGACCGGGGCAUCCAGGUUACAGCCACGACAGAAAUCAAGGCUACCCCACUAUUCGCAGAGUACACUCACUACAUGUUCCUUCAGCUGUUCGCUCAGUGCCCAUUCAAAGGACCGAGGUUCCUCCUGAUGAUGACAUGUUUUUCUACAGGCCCAUGUAUCAGUGCAAGGCCUACCCACAGUCCCCGCAGCAGCCCCCACAGCAGUCCUCACAGGGAGAUUACCAUGUCACGCAGCUGCAGCCUUACUUUGAGAACGGCAGAGUGCAGUACCGCUACAGUCCAUACUCUGGCUCAGUGCACCUGGAAGCACCAUUCUGUGACAUGGACCCGUAUGCCACAAUUCGAAUCCGUCACUUUCAUCCUCACGGCAGCCGAGAUCCUGGAGCUGUAUCUGGUCGUUCGAGCGGAAAGGCAGCUGGGUAUCACUACCUUGCUCGCCACAUUCUCCCACCUGGUAAAGAGCACAGCUUUGUGAGCAGGGACAUGCCCCCAAACCAUGGGACCAAGGAAUCUGCUGCCUACCUCUCAUGGGACCCAGAGGAGUCAGAAAGGCUCCGUAUGCACUCCAUCCGUAGGGAGAGCAGGGCUAGACAAAGGAUUAAAGGUCCAGUCCUCUCUCAGUAUGAUAAUGUUGGCUUAUACACACCAGCAGAUAUAUCAGGUUAUGAAACACUCCACCUGCGUAGCAAAUCCGACCCAGGUAAAGCUGUGCUGCUUGUAGCUGAGAGCAAAGAUGGACGCUACCUCCCUAGACAUAUGGUUUCAGACCCUGAUGUCCUCAUGUACUUAGAGACUGACAAACAUGUCCAGGGUUGUGACAAGUCAGAUGGACUUUCCAAGCAGAGCAGUUCCAAAAAAUGCCACUCAUCUCACUCACCUCCUGCAACUCUGAGCCACAGCCUCUCCCAUCCAGAAGGUGGGCGAUACGAGAGCGGAGAAGAAAAGCUGACUGCAGACGGCAGCAGGCCCAAACACUGGCAGCAGGAGUGCCCUAACAAGAGGAAUAUCCAACCACGGUAUGAGUGUCCUGAUUCUGACCAUCCUCAGAGUAAGGGAAGGGCAUCAAGCAGUUACCACAACACGGACGACCAUGCAUCAGUUGCCAGGGAACAAGUGUCCCGCUCCAAACCAGAGAGAUCCCACAGUGUCCGUGAACAGCCGCAAUACAGCCAGAGCAAAGACAUGGACAGAGACUACUCGUAUCAAAAACACAACACCAAAACAACAACUCAGUCCCACUAUGAUAACUUGGACGAUUAUCACCCAGUACCUCAAGCUCAGGCCCCAGUCCAAAAACAUGGCUCCAGCUCCUUUCCUGCUCCAGGAUUCUCAGGGAGCCACAGCAACAGAGCAUACUCCACAGCACUGGGCCAGGGAGCCUUCAUUCAGACUGAGCUAGCCAUGCCGAGACCAGAGACUGAGAUAUGUACAGAAUAGAACACUAUGGGGGAACAUGUGAAAUGAUCUUUUGUUUUGUUGAAGAAAGACUAAUGAGCUGAGCAGCCUCUGCAGGACAGUGGACUGUGGCAUCACCAAUAUUUUUGCUCCUGUGUAUUUUUCUUGAAUUUUAAGACUUUUUUCAGAAAGUCCUGAAUGUACCUAAAAAUUACUGCUUAAGAUCAUAAUAUUGACUGAUCAAAACAGUAGCCAGACAUACAUGUAUAUAAGAAAAAUGCAAGGGUCCUUCAACAAGAACCACAAAAUAUGUCAAAUAUAUAUGAAUAGUAUCUGUAGUAAAAAGGGAUUUUUAGUUGUAUUUUUUGUUAGGUGUGGCGCUGGGUAUGAGCAUCAUCUGGAAAUAAGGUUUGCAUUUUAGAAAUGCAUGCACUCUUAUCUCUUACAGAACAGUUCUGUGUAGAUCACUAUCAUUAAGUUCUUUCUGGAAAUAACAGCACAAGUUAUUGAAACCGUUGACUCCCUCUGCUGACGUGUGCAGGAAUCUGCAAUACGGUGUGUCCAUGUUUGUCUCCGAGUUUCCAGCCAGGUGUGUGAGUUUGAUGAAGAGCUGCAGUGGGUUUUACUUUUAAUUAUUACAGUGGUUAUCAAUAUAAUUUGUUUUCUGUGGCUGUGUCAUUUUGAUGUAAUUAUAAACAGAUUUUGGUGAUAAUGGAAUGUUUUGGUACUUGUCUGUUCUUCAGUGGAAGAGGGACCAAAUGACUUGGCGCAGUUGUUGCACAUUAAUGGGAUACAGGUGAUAAGGUUGAUGUAUAAGGUGGAUUUAUAUUUCCCUUUUCUCAUCACAUUAAUGGUACAUUAAUGAACUGGACUAACUUAACACAUCCGACAACCACUCUGUCAAAACGUGGAAAAAAUAUGUUGUUGCAUCUUUGAGCAAAGCCAACAACUUUGUUAUGAGCCUUAAAUUUUAUUCCUGACCCUAUUGUGUUUAAUUUUACUGUCCUAUAAGCCUAUUGUCAUAUUGCACUGACAUGGUGAUAGGUUUGGCAGUGUAGAUGAUGACUCUUUUCUGGGCUGACGGUUUGAUCUGUUGGGGUAUUUAGUUUUAUAUCACCUCUGUGAUUCUGAAGUUAAAAUAUUAAAGGGUGUUUUUUGUUUGUUUGUUUGGUUUUUUUUAUGAUACCCGGGGAUCUUUUUUAGCUGCAAAUUAAUGUAUACUACAUUCAUCUGGUAUUAUACAACAUGCCCUUUAGGUUCAUAAUAAUACCACUACAAUGUAUUUGACAUGUCUAAAUCCAGGUUGUACUCUGUAACCAUUCAACUUCUACAUUGCUUGCAGGUUUUUCCUCCUCUUGCCUUAUGUAAAGCCUCUACCUUUUCAGAUGGGGUGUUGAAGUAAGGCACUGUGUACUUGAAUGUGAAAACACUCUUGUCUCAAAUUAGAGGUAUCUAACGUUAGAUAUGAAAUAAUAAAACUUUUCAGCAGAUGCUGUAA